CUGCAAGAGGAGAUCCUGUAAGUGAGCCUCUUGCAUGGAUGAUGCGCCAGGCAGGAAGCCUUGGGAAGCUUUCCGUCCUGAUGGAGUUAUAAUUUUCUCUGAUAUUCUUACUCCACUGCCUGCAUUCGGUGUCCCGUUUAACAUUGAAGAAGUAAGGGGUCAUGUCAUUCAUUCACCGAUGCACUUUGAGGAUUGCUUGAAGGCAUUGCAUCCUAUUGACUUGGAGAAACUACAUUUUGUUGGGGAGUCCCUUAAGAUUUUGCGCCAGGAGGUUGGAGAUCAUGCAGCAGUGCUGGGUUUUGUCGGAGCACCUUGGACAAUUGCAACAUAUAUAGUAGAGGGAGGUACAACCCGCACUUACACAAACAUAAAGAGUAUGUGCCACACAGUACCAAAUUAA